GAAAACCAGCCGUGAACUGGGGUUCUACGACACAAGCGCAAACAUAUAAAUCAGCUCUAACGUCCACUUAUCGAUUGCAACAAAUCGACGACCAUGUGAAAAAUUAUCGUCCUCAAAUACUGGUUCUGUCCGGAACUGUACAAAACCGACCACCACUCGUUGAUCUGGCGAACUUGAUAACCAAACAUAAUUCCUUGAUGAUUGUAGGGGAUGUUGUAACGAAAAAAAUUUCUUACAAAUCACGGCGACGAAUGAUUAACGAAGGCCAGCGAUGGUUGACUCAAAGGAAGAUCAAAGCUUUUUACAAUAUAAUAGAAGGACUAGAUUUUGAAACAGGCGUUCGCGCUUUAAUUCAAACAUCUGGAGUAGGCAAGUUGGCCCCUAAUAUUUUAUUGAUGGGCUAUAAAUCAGACUGGCAAACGUGUAUUAAUCAGGAUUUGGUUUCAUAUUUUAAUGUUUUGCAUUAUGCGUUUAGCAACCGUUUGGCGGUGGCAAUUUUACGUUUGCCGAAUGGAUUAGAUUUGUCCUUGGACGUGGGAGUAGAUACGACACCACCAAAUGGUCUAUCAACCCCAAGUAGCUCAUUUAACAACUUGGAAUUGCAAAGCGUUACCAAUUUACGAAAGGAUCUUUUACAGUCACAAAGUCAGAACGGAAUCCUCCAGAAUGGAGGUGCAUCCACAAUAAUGCAUGCAGAUUCAUAUCUGGACAUUUACAAAAUUCCAUCAACAAAUACAGCAGCUACGAAACCAUCUUCAGAAUCAAUCACCAAAACUGAUGAAAAAGUUAAUGGACAUAAAACAUACACAGAUGAUAAAGUGCCAAAAGAAUUACUCAAUCAGUUAGGAAUUUUUCAUUCCUUUUCUAAUCAACACAAUGGAACAAUCGACGUUUGGUGGUUGUACGAUGACGGCGGUUUGACCAUUUUGAUACCGUAUAUAUUGUCAUUGAGAUCGCAGUGGUCACGAUGUAAAAUACGUAUAUUCGCUCUGACAAACCAUCAAAUGGAACUGGAAGUAGAAGAAAAAAACAUGGCCAAUUUAUUAUCAAAACUUCGCAUUGACUAUUCAUCGCUUAUAAUGUUACAAGACGUGAGACAAAAGCCAAAAUCAGAAACAAUCCAACUCCAUAAACUCCUAUUGGACGAAUUCAAUGAAAAAUGCCAGGAAACAGAAUAUGCUGUAACCGAAGGUGAAAGAGCUAUACUCGAAGAGAAAACCAAUCUGCAAUUGCGAUUACGAGAAUUGCUGCUCAAACACUCAACCGAUGCUUCUUUAGUGGUAAUGUCUUUGCCAAUGCCUAGGCAGGAUGCGGUAUCUGCUGGAUUAUACAUGUCGUGGUUAGAAGUUCUGACCAAAGGUAUGCCACCGUUUUUGUUGGUCCGCGGGAAUCAAAGUUCAGUCUUAACAUUUUAUUCUUAGUAUCCAAUUCUCCUCAUAAGUUGAAGAGUAUACAUUACAGUUGCAAGUAAAAAUAAAAUCCAUCAGCACGUUAUGCCCGUUUUUCUCAUGAGUAUAUAUAUAUUUUGAAUGGAAUACAAAUAAAUCCCUGAUAAAACCAUCUCUGAUUUCGCAAGAAAAA